AUGAAUAUCGCCUUGCUGUUGUUUGUCUACAGCUGUACGCCGCUUGCAGCAGUAAGAGCUGCAUCACCGGUACUCGUAAGCGUCACCGGUGGUGCUCCACAGGAUAAACAAGUAGUCCGGCAAGUUUGCGCAAAUCCACCGCUCCCCGAUGACAAAAUACGUUCGGCGUUCCUGACUGAACAUAACAACUACAGGAGUAGUCUUGCGACUGGAAAUGUAUAUGAUGAACAGGGCACUCUACCGGGAUCGACAAGCUUGUUCAUGAUGUCAUACAACUGCGGAUUGGAACAACAGGUUUUAUCGGUUACCACCGCUUGCAAUUCUCAGAGCACCACGCCAGGUGUCUUACAGGGCAAAUCUAUAAACUAUGGGAUAAUACGUGAUAAUGUUGCCGCUCCCUCUGAUAAGAAAGUUGUACAAGACAUUCAAAAAUUGAUGACUCAGUGGACAGAAACCAGCUUCGAAUAUAAUUUCAACAAAACCACGGUUGUCUACGGGAACGAACUUGCUGCACCGUUUGCAAGAAUUGUUUACCACAAAUCGAUCUCGCUAGGAUGUACAAUAACUCAAUGUGCACCGAGAAAAACUGCAUAUGCUUGCGCAUACAGUGACAGUCCAGUUAUUGGAGAACCACUCUAUUCGCCUUCGAAAAAAUCAACCGGUUGCACGAGUAACUCUCAGUGUAGAAAGGCCAUACCUGGUUCAAAUACAACGUGCGAUACUAGUCUAAACCUAUGCUCUACGCCCUUGUUGACAUUAAAUGGGGGAUCAACCACUGUUGUGAGCACCACAACCACGACAGCUGCGACCGCUACGACCACUACCGCUGCUCCGAGUAGCGUUGCCACCACAACCACGACAGCUGCGACUUCUACGACCACUAUGGUUGCUCCGAGUGAGAACACGGUGUGCUCAGGAAAUCAAGUGAUAACCGAUUCUGUAAGAAAUACAUUCCUAACACAAUUCAAUCAGAUAAGAUCACAAGUCGCUCGAGGUCUUUUCGUCACUAGUUCAGGAGUGUAUGCUCGUCAGGCAUCGAAAAUGAUAAGGCUUACAUAUAGUUGUGAAGCAGAAACCAGUGCGAACAACUGGGCUAUACAGUGCCAAGACAGGGACUCGGGGACAGCUACUUAUGCUGAAACCAGAUAUAUCUUUCAGGACACUACUGCUGCAUAUGACCCUGUCGCAAGAACGGCUGUUAACAAUUGGACGAAUGAAGCAAAUACUGGAAGGCUGCCUCCACAGGGCACGAACCCACAGUAUAUUUACCAGACUAGUCUUGGAAUACCAAACUUUGCAAAAAUGGUUUGGGACUCUGAGAGACAAGUUGGCUGCUCGAUAGCAAGAUGUCCUCCAUUUGUGAACGUAGUUUGCCACUUUACUCCAAGAGGAGGUAUUGCUGGCUCUCAAAUGUACAAGCCAGGGCCUUCCUGCAACCGCUGCGUCAAUAUCAGAUUGCCGACCUGUAUGGAAGGACUUUGCAGCCCAUGA